UUGAGAUUCCCAAUGUCUCCCUUGUGGAGUAUAUAUUCUCAAGGAUUGACUCCCAUCGUCAAGAUUCCAUUGCUUUGGUUAAUGGUACAACUGGGGAGUCCAUGACAUUUGCCCAGCUGAAAGCAUCCGUCAGGAAAGUUGCCAGUGCCCUGACAAGGCUGAGGUAUAAGAAAGGUGACUGUGUGUGCUUGUUCUCACCCAAUGUACCCGAAUUCUGCAUUAUGUUCCUGGCGGUGUCUGCUAUUGGAGGUAUUGUGACCACAGCAAACCCGCUCUAUAGUGCAAAGGAGCUUGCUCAACAGCUUAAACACUCUCAGUCUGUGGCUGUGGUUACAAAGGAGGCUACUGCAGACCUGGUGAAGGAAGCCUGUGCCUCUCAGACAGCUGUCAAGGUAAGUAUACCAUUUGCUAGUGAAAUCAUUGUGCUGGGAGAAGCAGAGGGAUGUCGGCCAUUUUCCUCCCUACUAGAGGAUGAUGGGAAAGCCUUCCCUGAGAAUGUGGACAUUGAUCCCAGAAAGGACAUUCUAGUACUGCCGUACUCCAGCGGUACUACAGGGCUCCCAAAGGGAGUGAUGCUGUCCCACAGGAAUGUCGUCUCUAAUAUUGUUCAACUUGGAAAUGCUGUCCCCCUGUACACCAGUGACUCCAUGGUGGGCGUUCUCCCUUUCUUCCAUAUCUACGGCAUGGUGGUCACCCAGUUUGGUGCUCUCCGUGAUGGCUGCUCUAUGGUGACACUCCCCAAGUUUGACCCCCAGGAAUUUCUCAGUGUUAUGGAAAAGUACAAGGUCAGUGUAGCUCCAAUUGUUCCACCAAUUGCCCUGUACCUCAGCAAGCAUGAGUCUGUGGCAAACUACGAUCUCAGCAACUUACGGAUGAUCAUCAGCGGGGCAGCACCCUUGGGGGAAGGUUUACAGCACGAUCUCGCUGAUAGACUCAAGGUCCCAAAUAUUCUGCAAGGCUAUGGACUGACAGAAACCAGCCCUGUCACCCACUGUGACAACUUCCCUCCCAAGUUUGGCACUGUGGGGACUUGUCUCGCUAAUACAGAGGCCAAGGUACUGGACACAGAGACAGGUGAGCUGCUGGGACCAGGUGAGGAGGGAGAGCUGUGUGUGAGGGGGCCACAGGUGAUGAUGGGAUACCUGAACAACCCCCAGGCCACCCAGGACAUGAUCAGGGAUGGCUGGCUUCAUACAGGAGACAUUUGUCACUAUGAUGAGAAUGGCUGUUUUACUGUGACUGACAGACUGAAGGAGCUCAUCAAGUAUAAGGGUUUCCAGGUACCACCGGCUGAACUGGAGGCCCUGUUGAUCUCCCACCCCGAGAUUGAUGAUGCAGCUGUGAUAGGAGUUCCUGAUGACCAGGCUGGAGAGUUACCCAGGGCUUACGUCGUCACUGCACAGAACUCCAGGGUCACUGAGGCGGACAUCAACCAGUUUGUAGACAGUCAUGUGUCGCCACACAAGAAACUAAGAGGGGGGAUUAAGUUUUUGUCACAGAUUCCUAAAUCUCCAAGCGGCAAAAUCCUGCGAAGAUUGCUCAGACAGUCACAGUAGACUAAAUUGGCUAUGGUUUAUACUCCUUUCAUCAUUGC